AUGUCUAAUGAUCCUGGCAAUGAGGUCAGCUCACUGUACCCGCCUCCACCCCCAUACGUAAAGUUUUUCACACAAUCAAAUAUGGAAAAAUUAACAAAAUACAAAGAAAAUAAGGCCGCUAACACGAAUAAGGCUACAUCAAAUGAUAGUAAUGACAGAGAUGAGGAGGAGAUAACAUGUGCCCUAGAUUAUCUGAUCCCACCCCCCAUGCCCAAAAACCAGCAGUACCGAGCGUUUGGAAGUAUAUGGCAAGUCAAGGACCAACUGCCCGAUUUAGAGAGCAUGGGACUAACUCAGCUUUAUAAGAAGUCCACAGAGAACGAAAGCACUAAUUAUCAAUACAAAAUUCAGGAGCUGCGCAAACUGUUGAAAUCGCUCCUGCUGAACUACUUGGAACUCGUCGGCGUAUUGAGUAUAAAUCCUGAUAUCUACGAGCGCAAAGUAGAGGACAUAAGAACGAUUCUUGUGAAUAUACAUCACCUGCUUAAUGAGUACAGACCACACCAGUCUCGAGAAUCCCUUAUCAUGCUGUUAGAAGAACAGCUGGAAUACAAGCGCGGCGAAAUCCGCGAAAUUGAGCAAGUGUGCAAACAGGUACAGGACAAACUUGCCAGCAUACAAGACACCUUAAGAACUAAAUCACACUCUUUUUCAUAG